UGUCACGUUACAAAAAUAUUUUUUCAGGCUUGAUGAUAGUUAAAACUAUAUUUAAUACAUAAAUAUAUAAAAAAAAAAUUAUAAUGAUAUUCGUAUAAUAACAAUUAUAUGAUAUCAAAUUUAUAGCUUAAAAUGUUAAGUUUCAUGCUAUGUUUCAUGCUACUGGCAACAUUGGGAAAUAUCAGCACUUCUUCGUGUAAUGAAAAUGUUCCAACAUACAUGCUCGAUCUUGAAAUAAAACCUGAACUUCGAUGGUUUGAAAUAACUAAGAAAUACUCUCAAUUCGCUGAUACUAUACGAAGCGUAAUUCAAGAAAUAAUUCCUGAAAAAUAUAUUAAGCUUGUUGAAACAGCUAUUAACAUUUUUCAUUUAGAAAACUAUUUCCCUAAAGAAUAUGCAUCUGAGUUAGUUGGUGUAGCCAAUGGAUUAAAUUUAAGUUUGCCAGAAGUAUUUCUAAUCAAUGUACUGUAUGAAGCUGGAGCUUUAUGUACUAGUAUUGUAGCAAAGAAUGAGAAUGGGACAAUAUUUCACGGAAGAAAUCUGGACUAUGAGUUCUUUACAGUCCAAAUUUUAAAAAAUUUAACUGCCAAUAUUGAAUUUAUGCGCAAAGGUAACCUAAUCUACAAAUCGACAACAUUUAUCGGACAAGUUGGUUUUUUUACUGUAAUGAAACCUAAUAAAUUUACUGUUACAUUAAAUCAAAGAUUAAAUUCAAAUAAAUUGAUAAUUUUAUUAGAAGCGAUACUUGACAGGAAAGCAAAAACUGCUGCAAUAUUCAUGCGCGAAGUUGUUGAUAUAGCUUCAUCAUAUUCUGAAGCUGUUUCUAUGUUAUCCGAGGCACACUUGAUUGCUCGACUUUAUUUUAUUGUUGGCGGAACUGCAUCCAACGAAGGCGUGAUAAUAACUCGUGGACAAUAUUACUUUAAAGAAAUGUAUUACCUAAAUAACACAGAAUAUGGUUGGUUUUUGGUUCAAACCAAUUAUGACCAUUGGUUAAAUCCUCCACCUUCGGAUGAUAGACGUCAUCCUGCUAUACAGCAUUUGCUAAAAAUCGGUUUUGAAAAAUUUUCAUUAGAUGGAAUGAAUGAAGUACUGUCAACUCCACCGGUUUUUAACAACGAUACAAUUUAUACUACGCUAAUGUCCGCUAAAUACCCUGAAUAUUAUUUUUCGUAUAAGCAUAAUUAAGGACUAUUUCAGUUUAAAUUAAAGAAAUAAAUAAAUGUAAAUAAUAACUUUAUUUUCAUUUUUAAAUUCGUAUAUUGUAAUU